GUUUGGUUACCAAUUUAAAUACCAUUCGCUUGGUAAAAAACGAGUGCUGUGACACAGUGUCACUAGUAAACGCGUAAGAAUUUCCUGCUAAAAUGGAGAAUAAAGAGCCUGUAGCUGUUAAGAGAAAGACGAAGAGACCUGAGGGUGUGGAGGACAACUCUGCCAAAGAAAAAACAGAGACAGUUCCCAACAGAGACGAAAGUCCCAAAACAAGUUCGAAGGAGUACACACAGGCUGUUUCGAAGUGGUUGAUGCAGUAUCGCACGUAUCAAUGGAUGCAAUACUGCUCACAACAUGCCGUCAUGAUGGCGCCCUACUUCUUUGGCUCCCCCAUUCCACCUGUGCCUCAAGGAACCACGCCCCCUGAGUUUCCCACUGCUUCAUAUGGACUUCCACCCCCAGCAGGUGGGGCUGUUGGACACACCUCCUUGCCACAUCAGCAAAAUGCACAGGGACAGCAACCACAUGGACAGUUUCCAGCCGCAGGGCAGGUUCCAUUUUCGUUUCCUCAGCCACCAGCAGUGAACAAUAGGCCAACUCCAGUCCAACAGCAGCAGCCUGCACAGCCACAAAUUCCGCAACUCACAGCCAGUGAAUUUACCCUUCCAUCUCUCUACCGACGCGUCUUUGCAGAGAUCAUUGAUUUCAUCUUGCUGUUUGUCAUGAAGUUUGGCGUUACUCUCUUCAUCAUUGAAUAUAUGGGAAUUGUUGAUCCUAGUAGUUUCAUGAUGAGAUUUCUCAUUGAAGAAAUAGAUGAAGAUUCUACAUUUGAAGACCUUCAGCAAAUGUUACUCUUUGCCUUCAUAUACCGUGUGGUUGUCUGCACAUAUGAAACAUUUUUCCUACGGCAUGGCCUGGGCACCAGAGUAGGUGGAGCCACCCCUGGCAAGUAUUGUAUGGGUCUCCGUGUGGUGUCAUGUGAUCGUGUCCAGACCCUUGGUGGGAACAGAGUCUUGGUGACUAGUCCAGAGGAUUUAACAUACUUACAAGCAUUCCUGCGAGCCAUCAUCAAGAACUUCUCCAUGGCCUUUUUCUUCCCAGCAUGCAUCACAGUGUUCUUCAACCCCCAUUUCCGUGCUGCUUACGACAUCCUCACGCGAAGUGUUGUGGUCUCGGUCCCCAAUUGGGCAGAAAGGCUUCGUCCUCACAAUAGGUAGCUUUGAAAAGCUACAGCCUAGAGAAGACAUUUGUGGCAUCCCAACUGAGAAUAUGGCAUCACAUGAUGUUUGUUCUAUAUACAAUCAUUUGCAAAAGUUUAGGACCACCCAUAGAAAAUGCAUUAACCUGAUGAAAAACCAAACUUAAACCAAUCAA